AUGUUCCCCGAUUCUAUUUUUGCAAUUUUUUUAGGCAAUACAGAUGCAGAGACAGACUCAAUCAGUAUCCCUUCAAACAGGCAACUUUCUAGUGGUGCACUUGCAGUGCGAAAGGGACAAGUAAGGAGUUCAGUUGAGAAAGCCAUUGAUAUGAUGGAAAUGGUUGUCUCCAGUGAGGAUGAAGUAGAUGCUGACAAAACCAUCUGUGCCAUGGAAACUGGUAAUGUCCAAGACUUAGGUGAGACAGGUCCAUCUAAAGUACCUGUACAGAAGGGAAUUGAAAAUAUUGAAGCAUCCUGCAGUUGGAUAACAACUUUUUAUAAGAAGAAAAAGAACAGCUCCAUCCACGGCUUCCAAGUCGAAAAGCACCACUACCACUACGUUUACCACGUCCACCGCUACAUCCUCAGGCUCUGGAUUAUCUAAAAAAUUGAAAUCUGCAACUGCAUCCAAGUGUCAGACAGAUGAACCAUCCGGCUCCAAAGCAAAAUCAACGGCAAAAUGCACUAAAGGUAA